AUGGAAAGGAAAAGAAGCAACCAAUCUUAUGAAGCAUUCCCAAUGAAUGGGGGAGAUGGCCAAUAUAGCUAUGCUCAAAAUUCCAACCAUCAGCGAACUGGAGCAGAUACUAUCAAACACAUUGCAAAAGAAGUCAUUCUUGAGAUUCUUGAUCUUGAAACCCUUUUACAAGAUUCCUCUAAAGUUUUCCACAUAGCAGAUUUGGGAUGUUCAGUUGGACCCAAUACAUUCUUCACAGUUCAAAACAUUAUAGACGCUGUGAACCUCACAUUUCAAUCUCAAACACAUAGCAUAAUAGACUCAUCACUUGAAUUUCAAGUGUUUUUCGAUGACCAUGUUGGUAAUGAUUUCAACUCACGUCUCAACUCCCUUCCUGAUGACAAGCAAUACCAUGCAACUGCAAUGCCUGGUUCAUUUUAUGGAAGAUUGUUUCCAGAAUCAAGUAUUCAUAUUUUCAACUCAUCUUAUGCACUUCAUUGGCUCUCAAAUGUGCCUAAAGAAAUAGUUGAAAAGAACUCUCACGCCUAUGAUAAAGGCAAAAUUUACUUUACAAGUGAAGUAGACAAAAAAGUUGCAGAGGCAUAUUCUGCACAAUUUGCAAGAAACAUUGAAAGCUUCUUGAAUUUCAGAGCCUUAGAGCUUGUUCCCGGAGGUGUAUGA